AUGUUCAGGUCACUGAUCAACGCAGAACCUCACUCGGCCAUGGCUACAGGCCAGGCGUCGACCAAGCCUCCCGAUGCCAAUGAGUAUGGAGGAGAUGAAAUAUCCGCCCUUGUCCUUGACCCUGGGUACUCGACGACACGAGCCGGCUUUGCUGGGGAAGAUGUCCCAAAAUCUAUUGUACCUUCCUACUACGGCCUAAUCCCAUCGGAAUCCACACCCAAGCAUGCUAAGAAACUCUUCGGCGACAACUCGAUAAACAUACCGUUACCCAGGAUAUCGAUCAGCAAUGUGAUGUCAAAGGAGGGCACUGUGGAGGAUUGGGACACGGCCGCAAAUCUAUGGGAAUACACAAUCACAUCACGACUCACGAACACAAAGCCUACACCACUCGCAUCUAAUGGUCUUAAUGACCCGAACGAGGACAUCGCAAUGGAAGGGGUCGAAGAGCAAGAAAAACCACUGGGCGAGAACCCGCUACUCAUGACCGAAACCGGCUGGAACGCAGGCAAAGAUCGAGAAAAAGGCAUAGAAGUAGCCAUGGAGAAUUGGGGCUGUCCCGCCUUCUGGCUUGCCAGGAACGGUGUCUUAGCUGCCUUCGCCUCUGGCAAACCCACAGCCCUCGUCGUCGAUAUGGGUGCUUCCACCAUCUCCAUCACACCCGUUCACGACGGUCUCAUCCUCAAAAAAGCUGUCACUCGCUCCCCCUUGGCCGGUAACUUCGUCUCCAAUCAGCUGCGGCUUCUCUUCGCAUCCUCUCAACCACCCAUUCCCAUAACGCCACACUACCUGAUAACCUCCAAGACGGCUGUCGACGCUGGUGCCGCGGCACAAGCUACAUAUCGUACCUUCGCUACGGGAACAGAACCCCAUCCCUCGUUCCGGCAUUUUCAAGAAGAACGCGUGCUUACAGAGUUCAAAGAAAGCGUCGUCAAUGUCUGGACGGGACCAGGAAGACUCGGUGGGCAUUCACCGCAAGGGGGUACGAAUAUCGACGUAGCGAAACAACACCCAGGCAAGCCGUUCGAGAUGCCUGAUGGUUGGAACCAGAUGUUCCCUGCCCUCGACCGGUAUCGCGCAAUCGAAGGCAUCUUCGACCACAAAAUGGCUCUCUCGGACGCCAACAACCCUCCACCCUCUCCAGGUCAGACUAUCACCGCACUCAUCUCAUCUUCUCUAUCACAAGUCGACGUAGACCUUCGCCCACACCUUUUAGGAAACAUUGUCAUCACCGGAGCCUCCAGUUGGUACGCAGGAUUCACCGAUCGCUUGCAGCAGGAACUGCAGGCCGCGCACCCCGGGGUCAGGGUGCGUAUGGUUGCAUCCGGGCAAAUGGUGGAAAGGAAAUUCGGCAGUUGGAUCGGAGGGAGCAUCCUGGCGAGUCUGGGGACGUUCCAUCAGUUGUGGAUUUCAAAGAAGGAGUAUGAGGAACACGGGCCGGGGAUAGUGGAGAAGAGGUGUAAGUGA